GGAGUCUUCUCCCACCUCCCUCGAGCCUUCUGGGCAGGGCAGGUGUUUCGGUUUCUUUGAACAAAAAUAAGAAACAGAGAAGCACCAUUUCUCCUUCAAGACACACGUCAAGAGGUGUAGAUAUAGACGCUCUCAAUGUCUAGAUGGAGCCCUCAGGCAUCCCAGAGUCCACCACCCAUUACGAUUACGAUCCUGACAGCUUUCUGUGUGAGAAACGGACCUUCACCUUUGCUGCCUUCAGCACCACCAUCCUGUAUAGCCUGGUGUUCUUCCUCAGCCUGGUGGGCAACAGCCUGGUGUUGUGGGUCCUGGUGAAGUAUGAGAGCCUGGAGUCCCUCACCAAUGUCUUCAUCCUCAACCUAUGCCUCUCGGACCUGGUGUUCUCCUCCUUGUUGCCUCUGUGGACCUUGGAAUACCACUGGGGCUGGGUGCUGGGAGACUUCCCCUGCAAGCUCCUCAACAUGGUCUUUUCCAUCAGCCUCUCCAGCAGCAUCUUCUUCCUGACUAUCAUGACCAUCCACCGCUACCUGUCUGUGGUGAACCCCCUCUCAUCCCUGCGAGUCCACACCCUCCAAUGCCGAGUGCUCGUGACCAUAGCUGUGUGGGUCACCAGCAUCCUGUCCUCCAUCCCUGAUGCCAUCUUCCACAAAGUGUUUCAGAAUCCAGAACCUUCCCGUUGUGAUUAUUCAGAACUCAAAUGGUUCCUGGCCUCAGUCUACCAGCACAUCGUCUUCUUCCUGCUCUCCAUGGGGAUUAUCCUGUUCUGCUACGUGGAGAUUCUCAGGACCCUGUUUCGGUCACGGUCCAGAAGGCACCACCGGACUGUCAGGCUCAUCCUCACCAUUGUGCUGGCACACUUCAUCAGCUGGGCUCCCUACAACCUGACCCUGUUUCUGCAGACACUGUUGAAACUGGAGGUCAUCCGGAGCUGUGAGAUCAGCCAGCAGCUGGAUUACGUCUUGCUCAUCUGCCGCAAUUUUGCCUUCUCCCAUUGCUGCUUCAACCCAGUGCUUUACGUCUUCGUCGGGGUCAAGUUCCGCAGACACCUCAAAAGUCUGCUCCGGCACUACUGCAGGUCACAGGGGUCCAGCCCUUCCCCGUUACCUCACUCCCCAGGUGCCUUCCACUAUGAGGGUGCCUCCUUCUACUGAAAGAGAGCUUGAUGCUGCAGGUAGCAAUAGACAAAGGAGCUGGAGUGGGAACAAGGAGAAGUGGUACAGGAAGGAGCCCUGCAGAAGGUGCAACACUGGGGAAGCUACAGCAUCCUGGUGGCAGGGAGGGGGGUGCUGAAAGAAAUACAUUACACCAGGUCCAUGCCCCCUCUUUUGCAGAAAAGUGGAUCCCCACCUGCAAAUUGUGUAUUGCUAUCAAGAAAAAACAUUUCUUGGAUUCUGAGUUCAUCAUUCAUUCCUUCAUUUAGACAUGGAUUUCUUAUUGCUUAGCUCAGAAGGUUCUAAAACAAGGAAGAUGUCCCAGAAAGGAGCAUCCGUCAAGACUUGAUGAGGGGCUGAAAUUCACUGUGUGUGAUAUUUGUGCCCCAGUCGCUCACACUCCAAACCUGAGUCAUCUUCGAGCCCUGCGUUUCCUUUCCCUCCACUCCCACUGCCAGAUUUAUUGCCUCUGCCUGCCCAGUGUCUCUCAGAGAUGUUCUUGCCAUUAUAAGCCCACGGAUUCAUCCCCCACAAUGACCUCGCUUCCUUAGCAGUUUCCUGCUGCUCAUCUCUUUCCCCACCAAGUGUCCUCUGCAUUGAAAUCAGGGUGCUUCGAAAGCCUUACUGGCUCCUAGUUACAUAGAAAUAAAGCCCAGACACCUUAGCAAGUCUUCCAAGACCCCUUCAAUCUAGUGCCAACUGACUUUUCCAUUCUUAUUCCACCCUAAGCUCCCACCUCCAACCAGCUUGGGAUCCAACCACAAAAGACCACUGGCCCCUUUCCAGAGAUCCUUCUCCCACUUACCUCUGGGCCCUUGUCAUGCUGUCACCUGGGCCUGGAACAUGUGCCCUUCUACUCCCUAACCUACAAGCAAGCCUCAGCUGAAAGGCCACCUCCUUCCGGAAGCCCUCCUCAAUCUUUAAAUCAGGAGUGCCCUCUCUGUUUUGCCGUGGCACUCUGCUUGUCCCCUCGAAAAUAUUAUUUGUCACUUUCCACCACACGUCGUAGUUACACACUUGCAUGUCUUAUCUCCCUGCCCUUUCAGACUGCAAACUUACCUGUUCCUACACCCUGCUAAGCAUGGACCCUGGUGCUCUAUCGCUGUGUACUGAGGAGCAAAGAAUGACAGCUGUCGUUAUUCUUCUAAUUUAUGCUUUCAGGGGAAAUACGCCAUGGGGCGCUUUCGACCUUCCUUGCCCCAGGCUGCUUCUUUAUAGAUACUAACCUUUCUUCCCUAGUCUACAUUCAGAGCACAUUGUUUAAUCUUCUCCAUGGCGAUGACUAUGCUUGACCUUUUAGUUAGUGGUACACAUGCCUCCUUCUUACACAGUCUCAUAGCUUCACAUCCAAAACCGUAGAUAAAAAGCCACCCUCUAAACUUAACCACACAGACCUAGUUCCAAUCUGUGAACCUGAUUCAGCUCUGGAAUGGGGCCUUUGGAAAGCUCCCCAGGAGGUUCCGACAUGCACCUUAGAAACAUUUGGCUGCAAGUCCUCGAAAAUGGGAAUACCAGAGUCUUGCUCAGUUCCUUGAGCAGGACUUUGCACAGAGUUACUGUGGCACCUAAUACAUGCUUGUUGAAUAAAGUAGCUACUAAUACAGCCCUCAGCUGGAGCCUAGAGAUGUAUUUUUCCCUUCAGUUCCAGCUACAAUUUCAAUGAUCUAUUUGCCAUUAGGUGGCCAGCCUUGGAGGAAUUUGACCUGGCUGGGGAAAAGUGAGGGUCUAAUUUCAAGAAUUAGGUCAGUAACACCUGCUGGAGAGGGCUGGGUGAUGUACCAGUGAAGGGACAAAGCUGUAGGGGACUAACUAACCAAUAGGUGGGGCCAUUACUCACCAUGAAUGGAAGAAAUAGGAAAAGGAAGGAGACCAUGAGAUGGUUAUAGGGUCAGAGAUAAGCCUAUGAGCUUCUGUCAGGCUAAUCAUUUGGCGCCCCCUCAAAUUGAUAGGAUUAAACUUUUGUUCAACUUUUAUUUAGAUGGUAGGCUCAGCCCAGGGAGCAGAAGGGCAGAGGAUUCCAGCUCACACACCCACUUGGCCAAACCAAACCACCAUGGGUUUUGAACCCACUUUUCUUAGAAGGCAGGUUCCGGGGGACAGGUUCAAGGACAGGUUCAAGGACACAGAGCAUGUCCUUGGAGAAGCUUGCUUCACUGUCCCCACUCCAUCCCAUUCCGUCACGUACUGAGAUGCUCAUCCAAGUAUUUUUUUCAACAAAACACAGUCAUAUCACUUGGAGCACUUCAUUAAAUACAAUCGUGCCCAUCUCUUUACAUCUCUAGUGAUGUUUCGGCAUUCCCAAUAGACUAGCUUCCCGGGGAAUCUUUAAUCAAGAGUCUUCUCCUAAUCCAGCCCCUUGGAAAUCCAGGGGAAGAGGCACAGAGACAGAAAGGUAUAAACGGGAAGAUAGAGGGGCAUCCUAUCAGAAAGGAGUGUGGGUGAGACCCGUGACCACACUCUAUAUUCUCUGACCACACUGUUCAUUGGCCACAACCUCCAGCUCUCCCCUCCCUCCAUCCACUGAAACCACUGCGAAACCUCAGAUGGAUUCCUAUAGGCCUACCCCUCCCUCUCCAGUUGAAGAACGGUGCCCUGGACACAAGGCUGCAGACCUGCCACUCCUGGAACAUAAAAAAAUCCACAGCAGUUUCUGGGGAAGAUCCUCUUCCCAGCAUUUCCAUUUCCACUCUCAGACAAAAUCAAGAAGAGAAGAACCUUGCCGAUUCCUGAAAGGAAUGCGUCUCCAAGCCCAGGACAGCUCCAGAUCUCAGAUGACCUCAGCCAGAGUGGCACUUCCUCGAGGAUACAACCUGUGUUGCAUGUCUAGAAUUUUCCUUGGUGCCCAGUAAUAUUUGUUGUUGGUUAAGUGGAUAGGAGAUCAUAUUUUUGCCUUUUUUCUACUUCUGUUUCCUCUUCUGACACUUGUUUAUAUUAUAUCUUCUAGUCAGCUCCAGGUAUCAUCCAUGGGCUUCCCAUGAAUUAUUCUCCAGAACCCACCAGCCCAGACAUCACUUGGUUUGUUGAACUCCUAAUGGCUUUCAUUUGUGAAAGCUGCCUGUGACAGGACAAAGAGACCCACAAGUAUGGAAAGCCCAGUAGGACAGAUUUCCAAAGUAAACUGGCUGAGACAGCUCUCGGAAUUUGAGCCCUGACCCCAAACCCCAAUACCAAGCUCUUUUUCUUACCCACUGUGACUUUGGGCCUCCCAGAGCCUCAGUGCCGUCGUCUGUAAAACUGUAGAAAUGUUGACAACACAAAGAUAGACUCUGCCCACGUGGUGGAGGUACCCAUGAAAUCAUGUGUGUAAAAGUACUUGCUUGGCAAAUCAUUUAGCCCAGACUAAUACGAAUUACUAUUGCAAUCAUCCCAUAAAAACAGAAAGCAUC